GGGGCGGAGCGGGGCGCGGCCGAGGCGCGGAGGAUCGCGGCGGGCGGAUCGCGUCCCGGAUGCGGCAGGGCUGCUCCCGAGCCCCCGGCGCCAUGGGGGAGCCGCGGUACCUGCAGGCCGAGUGCGCUUUCCGGCCCGGGGCACACACGGUGCGGGUGACCCUGAGCCGCAGCACGCUGCGGGUGGAGGUGGAGGCUCACGGCACCGGCGACCUGUGGAGGGGAGAGUUCGAUGCCGCCUUCAUCGAAGACCUGACCCGCAAAACGGGGAAUUUCAAGCAGUUUGGCAUUUUCUGCAGCAUGCUGGAGUCGGCACUGACACAGAGCAGCGACUCCGUCAGCCUGGAGCUGCUCACCUUCACCGACCUGGAGACCCUGCACAGCCGGAAAGUGGGGGCAAUCACCCGGCCGCCCCCUUGCACCUCUUCCCCCCUCAACAACAAGCGCUAUCUCAUUCUCGUCUACUCUGUGGAGUUCGAUAGGAUCCAUUACCCGCUGCCGCUGCCCUACGCGGGUCGGCCGGACCUCGUGGCGCUGGUGCGGGAGCUGCAGGAGCAGCUGGGGCAGCUCCGGGCACGGCGCCUGGAGGAGACCCAGCGCUUGCGGGAUGCGCUGUGGCAGGCACUGGAGGAGAAGCGGGCAGCAGAGGGCCGGCACCAGCGCGAGUACCGGCAGCUGGCUGCAGAGCUGGCCCAGGCAAAGGCGUCAGAGCAGAAGCUGCAGCUGCGGGUGAAGAACCUGACAGCUGAACUGGCCUCCUGCAGGAGGGGCCGCCAGAAAUCUGCCAGCCCGGCCCCACGCACUCAGGAGCGACGCUCAGCAUCCCUGGAGAGCCACAGGAGCAGCCGGGGCCACCCCUCGCCAAAGUCCCUGUCACCUGCAGGCUCUCGCCCACCAUGCUUCGACCCCACUGCCUUUGUCAGGGCCCGGCAGCGCCGGCAGAAGGAGGCUGAGCUCAGAAACCAGCGGCGUGGAGUGGCUUCUGGCAGCAGCAGCCCGGCGAGGAGCCACAGGCGCAGCUCGUCUGGUGAGUGGGGAACGGGAAGAGGGCUGGGGGUGCACCCACUGCGUGCUGGGGCUCCUCCCUCAGCUUCUCCAUCCCCGUUUCUCCCUGCAGCUGACAGCUCCCAGAGCUGGCGCCGGGGAGGGAGCCCUGGCAGCAAAGCCCCUGAGCGCCCUGAGCCCUGCAGGGACAGGAGAGUGACCCGUACACGGAGACCCCUGAGCACCUCGUUCUGCAACGGCCCCUGUGUGCCUCCCCCCCAGGUGCCUCGCCCAGCUGCCAGCCACAAGCUGCCAGUGUGCAGGACUGCUGGCAAGCGCCCUGGUAAAGAGAACUGCUCCAAGGAGCCCUCAGCUGAACUGGCCGAGAUCGAUGCCCGGCUGCAGGCUCUGCAGGAGUACAUGGACAGCCUGAACACCCACAUGUGACCCCUCCAGGGACACACCCCUCUCCCUGUCCACAGGGGGGUGACAGUGGUGGUGUGGUACAAGUGUCCCCCCAAAUAAACCUUUGUUUGGCCCCAGAGUGUGUCCUCCUUGGGAUGGGGCAAGGGCAGUGUCUCCCAGGAGGGACACAGGGCUGGGGGCACUAAGGACAUCACAAAAUGUGACAGUACCGCUGCUUGGGGACAUGUGGGAUACAGCCCAGGCCACCAA